AUGUUCUCAGCCCGGUCAAACAAUCAUGCCAGCGGCACUCCUCUGCCGCUCAUCGUGGCUACCUUUUGCGAGCGCGCGAUGGCGAUCCCUCGCUCAAAGGAGUUAUUCGGUCGCUUGUCUGUCAAUGAAAGCAUCGAGCGCUCGCUCGUAACAGCCUUUCCUGCUCUUGCACAACAUCCGAAGUUGACUCUCAAGAUCAUGGCACCGGGCAUGAAGCAGUCAGCUGAGGUUCUACCGGCUCUGUGGCCUCAAAUCUACGCGACGGUCACGGAGAUGACGGUGGAAGUACCUCUAAGCCCCGAGGAGGAAAGACUCGAUGAGCUCACCAGAGUCGGGACGUCGGAGAUCGUCGCAAUCACCGGGACGAAUAGCUAUACAUUGAACGUCAAUCUACUCAUGGCGACCGGCCUGGACUUGAAGAUGCUCAUUCGGUCUCUCACCUUGGUCCCCGUCGAGAAGCAGAACCUCAACCGCCACGGUCAUGCUCCUUUUUCCAAAAUGGUACCCAUCCGGGACGAUGAGACUCUUUACGAUGCUGGAAUAAGAGGGGCCGAUUCCGUCGACGAGACUCGACAAGGUGUCGGGCCGAACGUGGCACUCAUGACGCUCAAGCCCAAAGAGAGGCCUGCGACGCGUGACGUUGUUGUUAAAUCAGGAUGA